AUGGCCGCCGAACCCACCAUCCCAAUGCCUCCUCACGAGCUGGAAGCCAUCGAACACAUCGACAACAGCCUCGUCUUCCCAUCUUUCACCUCAGCAACAGCCUGGAACCUUGGUGUGGCAUUAAGAACGAAGCUCUUAGCCUUUGCGAAGCCUUGUGUGAUCGACAUCAGUCUAGCCCACGGCAACCAUUGCCUCUUCCACGCCGUCACACAUCCCGGCACCACCCCUGAUAACGAUAGUUGGGUUUCACGGAAACGGAAUACGGUCUUACGAUGGGGUAAUUCGACGUGGUAUGCGCAUAACAAGUUCAAGGGUGACGAGGCGGCUUUUGCGGCGAAAUUCUCGCUGGGGACGAGUGCUGGGAGUUAUGCUAUGCAUGGUGGUGGGUGGCCGGUUAGGGUGCAGGGGGUUGCCGGGUUGGUGGCGGUGGUAGUUGUGAGUGGGUUGAAGCAGGAGCAGGAUCAUGGGAUUAUUGUGCAGACCGUGGGGGAGAUGUUGGAGGAGAUGGGGGUGGAGGUUGAGAAGAAGAAGGAGGAUUGA